UCCCUCUCUCGCCACCUGGUGUUGCUCCUGUCACGGUUCUCUCCUGUUUCGUGUUACAGGGCUGCGGAGGAAUAUACGUUUUUGCUCGCAUGCGGUCUCUAAAAUAUAUUCCAUGAACAGUGGUAACCGCGUAGGUUGUGCAGCACGAAUCGUAUCUUUUGGGAGGGGGGAUGAAGGUCGCUCCUGUUUAGUGAUGUGUUUUUAUUAUAGCUCCUCUCGCAUUCGUUUUCCUAGUGUGUCAGCCUAUCUAUCAGGGAGGAUCAAUGCUGGAUUGCUUCAUACAAACUCCUAUUCUUUUCUCUCGGUCUGCUACACUCGCUUAUCUCGUACCCGGGGGCGCAUCUAGUGUAGGCCCCUUGCGCUGGCUCCAAGCGGGCCUUGAGGUUGAUAUGCUGUAGUUGGGAUUACUGCAUAUUGGACAUCGGGUUGGAAAUGCCGGUGGUGUAAAAACGUCGAAAAUUAAUAUCUUUCCUCCUCGCGCUCUUCUCAGCGGCAAGCUCGCGGUGCUUUGCUUAGCGGCCAGUUUACACAAAAUGUCGACCAGAACGCCAUUGCCCACCGUGAAUGAGCGUGAUACAGAGAAUCACACAUCUGUGGACGGCUACCAGGAACCACCAGCCCCACCAGCCAAGUCUGGGAGUCGACACAGUCUCCCAAGAUGUCGGAACUCUGUGGCGUCCACUACGGAGGAGCAGCCUCACAUUGGAAACUAUCGGCUGCUCAAGACCAUUGGCAAGGGGAACUUUGCCAAAGUGAAGCUGGCCCGGCAUUUACUAACGGGACGGGAGGUUGCGGUGAAGAUAAUAGACAAAACUCAAUUGAACCCCACUAGUCUACAGAAGCUCUUUCGUGAAGUCAGGAUCAUGAAAAUCUUGAAUCACCCCAAUAUAGUUAAAUUAUUUGAAGUCAUUGAGACGGAGAAGACACUUUAUUUGAUAAUGGAAUACGCCAGUGGUGGCGAGGUAUUUGACUACUUAGUUGCACAUGGAAGGAUGAAGGAGAAGGAGGCUCGGGCCAAGUUUCGCCAGAUUGUCUCUGCAGUGCAGUAUUGCCAUCAGAAGAGGAUUGUCCACAGGGAUCUCAAGGCUGAGAACCUCCUCCUGGAUGCCGACAUGAAUAUCAAGAUCGCAGACUUUGGUUUCAGCAACGAGUUCACCCUGGGGAGCAAACUGGACACAUUCUGCGGCUCUCCGCCCUACGCCGCCCCGGAACUGUUCCAGGGUAAGAAGUACGAUGGGCCCGAGGUGGACGUCUGGAGCCUGGGGGUCAUCCUGUACACACUGGUCAGCGGCUCACUGCCAUUUGACGGACAGAACCUCAAGGAGCUGAGAGAGCGAGUGCUACGAGGGAAAUAUCGCAUUCCUUUCUACAUGUCUACAGACUGUGAAAACCUGUUGAAGAAACUGUUGGUGCUUAACCCUGGGAAACGGGGCAGUCUGGAGCAAAUCAUGAGAGACCGUUGGAUGAAUGUGGGCCACGAGGAGGAGGAACUGAAGCCUCAUCAGGAGCCUGAACCCGACUGGAACGACACUAAGAGGAUAGAACUUAUGAUAACGAUGGGCUUCCCCAAAGAGGAAAUCACAGAUGCACUAACCGGACAGAAGUACGAUGAAACCAUGGCCACCUACCUCCUCCUGGGCAGGAAACCUGCUGAGUUUGAGGGGAGCGAGUCACUGUCCAAUAGCAACUUGUGUCAAAGGUCACGGCCCAGCAGCGAGGCCAACAACAGCUCCAGCCAGUCGCCAGCCCACUCAAAAGUCACACGCAGCAUAUCAGCCAACCAAAAGCAGCGGCGUUUCAGCGAUCACGUGGCACCCUCUAUCCCGCCGUCAGUGUCCUACACCAAGAGAGGGCAGGCCAGCAGCGUGGAGAGUGACAAGGGCGAUGCUUCCCACAAGCUUGGCACGGCCGUCGACAAGGGUGACAUGCCUGUCUCGCCGCUGGUUGCACAAGAAAGGAAGAAAUCAUCCACCGCCUCAGCGAACAGCAAUGCUAUGACCAGGAGGAACACGUACGUCUGCGAACGGUCGAGCACGGACCGCUACAUGGCCAUUCCCAACGGCAAGGACAGCAGCUUGACAGAGAUGUCCGGCUCAGCCAGUGGUUCCUCGCCAUCGGCAGCAGCAAUCUCAGCGGUUCCCUCCGCCCGGCCACGUCACGUUAAGUCCAUGUCGGCGUCGGGUCAUCCCAUCAAGUCAACACUUCCUCCAAUAGACGACGACACUGAAUAUAAAGGCCCCCCCACAGCUUCGCCGUCGGCGCACAGCAUCAGCAGCAGCACCGCCGCCACACCACCGGACCGCACACGCUUCCCCCGUGGCUCCUCCAGCCGCUCCACCUUCCACGGGGCCCAGCUCCGCGACCGCCGCUCGGCCACCUACAAUGGGCCGCCCGCAUCACCCACGCUCUCCCACGACACGGGGGCUCUGGCCCAGGCACGUCGGGGCACCUCCACGGGCAUCAUCAGCAAGAUCACCUCCAAGUUUGUCCGCAGAACUAUGUCUUUCAGGGCUGGCAGGAGGGCCACCGUUGAAGGAGAGGCCAGUGGCAGGACAGAGCCCCCCAGAAGUACUUCAGGAGAAGCCAAGGAGGAUGGUUCCCGGGAUUCCAAACCCCGUUCCCUGCGCUUCACCUGGAGCAUGAAGACCACUUCAUCCAUGGAGCCCGGCGACAUGAUGCGCGAGAUCCGUAAGGUCCUGGACGCAAACAACUGCGACUACGAGCAGCGCGAGCGCUUCAUGCUCUUCUGCGUGCACGGCGACGCCCGCCAGGACAGCCUAGUCCAGUGGGAGAUGGAGGUGUGCAAGCUGCCGCGCCUCUCACUCAACGGCGUGCGCUUCAAGCGAAUCUCUGGCACAUCCAUCGCCUUUAAGAACAUCGCAUCCAAAGUGGCCAAUGAGCUUAAACUGUGAACUAGUGGCGUUUUGUGUAGAAUAAAGUAAAAAAUAAAAUAAACGAAAGACGAACGUGUGACAUUGAGAUAAUGAACAGAGGGGCGUGGAAGUAACCCCAGCGUUCUUUGUGUUUGCGGGGGACACCCCUAAAGUGUCGGCUCCGAAAGAGUCCAAGAUUGUGUUUACCGCUGUUCAAGCCUACUGCUGUAUUGUUAGGUAAAACGACACAAAAACACUUUCAUUUUCCCUCCCUAAGGCAAACCCCCUGUAUCCCGAAAUCGCUGAUUAUAACAAUAGGUGAGAACUGACCAUCUUUGCAAUAAUAUGAAAACCGUAGUAUCGAUGGCCCGCAUAAUUUCAAUUCCUUUGCUAAACUACCAUUAAAGGGGGUUGGAAGACCAGAGACUGCAAAAGCUACUUUUUCCACAUGUACAGUAUAAACAAAAUAGAGAAUGUUUUGUUGAGUUUAAUUGUUUAUAGAGUUGUAUAAAACAAGACUCUUCAGCAUUAAGUCUGCAGGUAUUGUAUAGUCUUGAGUUUCUGUACAGAAAGUGUAUGUUUAAAUGUGUCAUACUGUAAUUUCUUUUUGUUUAGAGUUCUUUCCUUAUGUGGUUGACAUCUUUGUAGAUUGUUUGCUUCCACUGAAAUUUUUAUGUUGUUUUAAACUCACAAGAAAAAUUACUUUUUUUUUUACUUUUCACAGAAAUGUUCCUUUCCCGAUUUAUACAGUAUAGGACAGAUUGAAUGACGCAAACUAUGUUGAAAGAAAAAACCCUCCACAUCCCGAAGCCCAAAUCAAGUCAUUCCUCCUAAUGCACUCUUUACGAUCCUCCUUCAUGUAGCAUAGCUGAAUGAUGACGUUAGCACUGCGGCUUAAAGUGUUCUGUUUAUUGCAUUGAAUUUACAUAAGGGAUCUUAUGUUGGCUAAAGUGAUGAGCGUGAUGAACCAUGGCCAUUUUAUUUAUUUUUUUAACUUCGGGAACCUAAAUAACUAGGAUUAACUGACAGGACCACAGAUUUAUAAAAUGCUGUUCUAACACAUUUUUGUGAUGAAGUUAACUAUUCAAAAUACUAGUACAGGGGUUGUAGUAGUAAUAACACCCAGACACCAUUUAUAGGUCAAGAAGUGACUUAAAUUCUUGUAACUGCCUCAGAUAUCUCAUGUUCUGUUAAAGAUUGCCCCUAGUCUCAAGCUUCAGGUGAUGCCUAAGCAGAUUGACCUUACUUGACUACCCCAUUUUUAGUCCGUCACUCUGUUUACUGUAGUUAAUUGUUACUGAACAACACCCGUCUUCGACUUGUUUUGUGCUCAAUUUUAUUUUCUUGCUAAACGUAUUGUAUUUAUUCCACCACAUGCCUUUUUAAUAUGCUGUGUGGUAUUUCUGAGGCAUUCACCUGUUUAAGGAAAAAAAUUGACCUAACAUUAGUUUUGCAGAUGUUUUUAUUUUCUUUUGUUGUUGUACAUUUAUCCCAUUGAGAAUACGUAAAAGAACCACUAGUGCUGGUACGUUUCUACUCAUUAUUAUCUAUGGAAAGUAAUGAGGGUCAACUGUGCAAUGGUAUUUCAUGUUGUAUUACUGUAAAGAUGAGAUGGUCCUAGACCCCACCCUUUAACACAGCAAGGAGAAGGAAAACAGUGGAGACCUUUUUAUUUCCUAAUU